AUGUCGGGGAGCGGACGGAAGAGUGCGUACCGCAAGGGCGUGGCCAAGCGCGUGCUCUACGGCGAGCCAGAGCCCAAGGAGAAUGAGGUCAUCGUCUGCGUCACCGCGCUACGAGGCAGUAACUUGUUUGAGGUGGUGGACGCUCACGGAGUCAAGUCCGUGACGAUGAUGCCGACAAAAUUCCGCAAACUCAUUUGGAUUAAACGAGGGGAUUUUCUGAUCGUUGGAGAGGGUGACGGAGGUGAGGCUACAACUGCCACGGGCAAGAAGGGCGCUGUAACGUCCAUCGUGGUGCACAUUCUGUACAAGGAACAGAUCAAGAAUUUAAAGCAGAAAGAUCUUUGGCCUGCGGAAUUUAACACGUUGCCUACUGGAUCGACGUGGGCUCAAGAAGAUGCUGUAAAUGUCGAGGAAGAGCAGAAAGAUGGGGAAGACGCAGAUGCCGAUGAACAAGAGUCCCAGCCGGCUGUGUCUCUGGACUCAAGCAAAAUCACGCUAGUGGAUGACAGAUUUGCACAAAUGCACGUGAAUCGAAAUCGCCGCAAAGGCCACUUUGAUGAAGAAGAAAAUGACGAUAGUGAUGAAGACUGA